ACUCAAACAAACCAGAUAUACACAUUCAUAAUUACACUUACACAUAUCUUUCUGCAAUUUCUUCUGCAAUGGGGGUAAGCUCACGUACGCUAGAAAUCACGGUGAUAUCAGGUGAAAACAUUCUAGUAACGGAGGAUCCAUACGUCGUCGUUCGGGCUGAGUCUUUAAAAUGCUGCACAACGAACAUGGCCAAAGAUAGUGGAAACAAUAACUCCACUUUCUUUUCGUGGAAUCAGAAGAUAAUGCUCAACGUGCCUGUGCAUGCAAGAUCCAUCACAUUCCAGGUUCAAUCCAACAGGUUCAAGGCUGUUCGACCCGUUGGAGUCGCCAGAAUCGCCGUUUCCGAUUUUCUAAACGGCGUCGUGUCCCAAAACUGCUUCCAAGUGUUUAGUUACCGGUUGAGGGACUGGGAAGGGAAAAGAAAUGGAAUCAUUCGCUUCGCAGUGAGGGUGGCGCCGCCGGAGGAAUGUUUGAAUUCCACUGUGGAGGCGGUGAAGGGAACGGUGGCGAGUAAGGAAUCCGGUGAUCAGUUCUUGGGAAUCGGGAUUGAUGACAAGAACUCUUGUAACGAAGUUGCCGUUGGUGUUCCAAUUUGGUGGAACUACCCUAGCGUUGUUUGAAGAUUUAUAUAUUUUCUAAAUUUUUUUAUUUGCUGUGUAUUUUGUGAAAGAGGGUGAGGAAAGCCAAAUUUAAUUCAAAUAUAUAUUGUGUGAUAAAGGUUGAUAUAAUUUGUUAGAAAUCUUGUCUUGUACGCAAACAUGAAUGCUUUUGUAAGAA